AUGCCACGCAAACCCACCUCUCCACCCUGUACACACCCCCACCUCCUCACCACAUCCCACUCCUCCACCUCCUCAACCUUCUCCCGUGCUUCCCCAUCCCGUCGUGCAGCCGCUGCGUCAGAAUCAGGUAUCCAUAAACCAGAAAUUACAGAUACAAAUUUUCAUCGUUUUGUGUCGGAUAGGGAGUGUGCUUCUACGUUUCCCGGGCCGUUGGUGUUGGAUGGUGAUGAUUUGGAGAGGGAGCCGAGACAGAUGGGUCAGAGUUUUAGGGCGUGGGAGAGGGCGAGGUGGAGGAAUUUUGUGGGGAAGGAGUGGGAGGGAAAGGGGAAGGUAGGAGAGGAUGGUGGGAAGGGGAAGGGGAAGAGGAAGAGAGGAGAUGCUAUCGAGAAUGGAGGGGAAGGGGCGGAAUGGGAGACGGCUAAAUCUCUCCGAUCUCCUCGAUUCCGCUAUCGAUAUGUUACCUUCCGAUGCAUACGCAUUGUUAAUACUUGUAAAUCAUGA